AUCAUUCCGAGAUAGAACAUUCAAGAUGGAAGACGUGACUAUGGCUCCCGUGGAAAAGUCUGAGGCGAAGAAGGACAAACCAGACAAAAUGUUCACCCUGAAGAAGUGGAAUGCAGUUGCAAUGUGGAGUUGGGAUGUCGAGUGCGACACCUGUGCCAUUUGCAGGAUCCAGGUCAUGGAUUCGUGUCUUCGGUGCCAGUCGGAAAGCCAGAAGCAGGAGAGUCAGAAGCAAGACUGCGUGGUGGUUUGGGGCGACUGCAACCACUCGUUCCACUACUGCUGCAUGUCGCUGUGGGUCAAGCAGAACAACCGAUGUCCCCUGUGCCAGCAGGAAUGGGGCAUCCAACGCCUCGGACAGUGAACCCAGCAACCUUCCUUACGCGGUCAGUGCGUUGCCUGCUGCACAAAGGCAAUGUUACGAAACGAAAUGUACUCGUGCUGGACACUGGAAACGACGGACUCUUGAAAAUCUCAUGAUAAUUCCUCGCUCUUGUAAUAAAGCUGCUUAACAAUUAAGAGAAAUUAUUAUUCUUUUCUUUUGUGCACAAUCAGUAGAAUCGAAUGCAGCGAGUUAUACUUAUUAAAGACUUAAACGCUCGGAUUGUCAAAAAAUCGGAAGUAGUUGCCUCUUAAUUUUGAACAGACCACAAGAAACACGAUUUCUGUAUGUGUACCUGCAUGUGUUUAAGUGAUAGAUAUUACAACAAUUACGCGUUUGACACAGAGAAAAUCACGCAGGAACAAGUAGUUCCUUUAAUCUAUGAAUUAAAUUAGCUAAUAAUUCUAUGUAAGCAAUUCACACCACCUUCCAGACGUAGGAAUCAAUCGCUCUUCGUUUACAGUAAAUACGCAAAAAUAUGAACAACUUCUCUGCUUCAAAAGUUUAUUUUCUGUAAAGGUUCUGGUAAAGUGCUCGCCAAAAAUUAACAAACAUAUUGCUAUUUUGACAAAAACGUAAAUUGUUCAUUGAAAAUGCUUUUAAUUUGUAAUAAAAAAAGAAAAACAGCAGAAAACCACCA